AUGGGGUCGAGCCCAAUUGACAGCGUUGUCUCGCCGUCGCUCCGUGUCUGGAACACGACCAACCUCUUUGUUGCUGACGCGUCCGUGAUUCCCGUGAUUCCCAACGGCAACGUCCAUUCGACCGUCGUCAUGGUGGCGACCCAAGCCGCGACGCUCGUGGCCGCGGCCUUGGCCGACCAGGCGACCGUUGCCUAG